AACGUCGCACAGAACAACGACGUAGAAAACAGUGAUGGCAGCCUACAUGAGAAGCGUGUUUUGUCUACUUCCAUUUGAGAGUAAAGCUAUAUUAUUGGGAAAAAGAAGUAGUAGACCUAUUGCGGAAAGUAAACGGUAUGUGCGCGGACUGAGGAGGAAACCGGUCAACGUGUUAUUUCCAGAAGAUGACACGUCAAAGGUUAUCAAGCCAAAAUCUGUCCCCAGACAGCAGCAACCCGAGAAGAUGGAGAAACCAACCAAGGACAUUAGGGACAAUGCUGAAAGAAAGUUUGUCAAUGAGAGGAAAAGUGUUUAUACUGUCCCAAAAGAUGUUCAGAAGAGACCUAUCACACAAGAUGAGAUCGCAGGACUCCGUUUUGAGAGGGCUUUCUCCGGAGACAAGAGACUAUCGAGAGUGGUGAGUGUGGCUCGGUCUAGGACUUUUCGAGAGCAUCAGGGUAAGAUCCUGUUGGAGGGCAGGAGGCUGAUCAGUGAUGCCCUAAAUGCUGGGGCCAUCCCACAGAUGGUGUUCUUCAGUUCAAUGGAUCGCCUUUUGGAGCUCCCUGUGGUCAAGCUGAAACGGGCCACUCUGGUCAAAGUAAAGUUUGAAGAUAUAAAAAUCUGGUCUGAUCUAGUGGCACCACAAGGUGUAAUAGCCAUAUUUUCUCGCCCAGACCCCUCAAAAUUAAAAUAUAACAGUGAUUAUUCAAUACCCUUGUCUGUGAUAUGUGAUAAUAUUCGUGACCCUGGAAAUCUUGGGACGAUACUACGAUGUGCUGAUGCAGCAGGUUGUCAGAGUGUCCUCCUCACUAAAGGUUGUGUUGAUGCCUGGGAACCUAAAGUAUUACGUGCUGCAAUGGGUGCCCAUUUCCGCCUUCCCCUUUAUUCCAACGUGCACUGGGAUGAUAUUGAAAACCAUCUGCCCAAAUCUGUGACUGUCCAUGUGGCAGACAGUGGGAACAGUGGGAAUAGACGAAUGGAAAUCGCAGAGCCAAAACCUGAUGAACUGAAAACAUCUCAGAAAGCAGGAUAUUACGGCUGGGUCAGAGCACAGCCUAAUCACAAACAAGUGGACUAUGAGGACUAUGAUUCAGAUUCGGAUAAUGAAUAUGAACUGUCUCUUCCCACAGUGGAGACUAAACUGUACCAUGAGCCAUGGGCUCAAAGCACCACGGCUCUUGUGAUCGGAGGCGAAACACAUGGUCUCAGUGUAGAGUCGGUGCAACUUGCAGAAAAAACGUCUGGCCACAGACUUUUUAUUCCUGUAGUUCCUGAAGUAGACAGUUUAAAUUCUGCCAUGGCAGCCAGCAUCCUCCUGUUUGAGGGCAGAAAACAACUAAUGCAGCAACUUCACUCCAUAAAGUCAAAGUCUCAGAUCGUCAACAGGACAAAACAUGUGAUUAAAUAAUGGACAAGCAAAAAAAAAAAAACACACAGAGUAAACACAAUAUCCUUAGAUGCAUUUAUAAUAUUUAUAUUGAUUCUGCAGAUUCAAUGACCAAAAAAGUGUUCCGAUUUGUUGCCUGUGGUUUUGCCCUUUAUAGCCUGCAUCCAUAUGCAUUUUCAGGGGAGAAGCAUGUGUUGGCUGUUGUUUCUCAUAGUGAAAACAAACAUUGAAAGAAGUAAAUGAGUCACUGCAUUUUAUUAGUUUACAUAGAUUUGCCUUUACUUAUAGUACUAUUGUGCUUACCAGUGCAUUGAAAUAAAUGGUCAGGUCAAAGGGUAGAUACCAAAAGUAACAGAAUUAGAGGAUUAUAAAUACAUUCAACACCCUCUUUGCGUUUUGUGCCAAACAUGAUUCAAGAUUAUCACCACCAGAAAAGUCCCACUGACUAUGAACGUGAACCAUCAUUUCCACAUAAAUGCAAGUCUUACAUUCUAACUUGAACAUACAAAUACAAAAGGAUUGAAAGCUUCAGUCAUUGAUAUGUAAAAAGCAAGCACAUUGUGUUCUUAGGUGUUUAAAAUAGGACCCUGAUGCUGUACAGCUACAUCCAGCUGAGCUUUAGUGAAAUGUGUGACAAACAGGUAACAAAGUGAGCAUAGGUCCAUUUGGGAAUAUUGAGUUCUCCACAAUUCACAUACAUCUAUUAAGUGAAAAAAAUAUUUUCCUCAGGCAAAUCUCAAACAAAAUCUCCAUAUAUAUAUUACUGUGAAGGUUAUAGCCAAUGCAAGGCACCACAGGAGAAAAGGACUCCAUUUAAGAUAAUGUCUAAAAGUUAAAAUGUCAGUAAAAAAUAGGAUGUGUCCAACAGUCUGAUAACGGGGGAGAAACAAGGGAAAGAGCUUGAUGAUAUGAGUCCCAUGUUUCUGUAUUCUAGAUGGGCUCUGGUUUGAGUUUCUCAGCCAGGAAGUCAUUGACAAACUGCUCCACAAUAGCUGGUGUAAUCUCCUCAACGUCAAGCACGUACUUGGCCCGGGCCGACAUGUCCAGGAUGGUAAGCAGAGGAGCAGCCUCUGGGAGGUUUGUGUAAUCUCGCAAAGAGUCAGUCAUGUCAUCCUGUAGAAGUAAAAGGGAAGUCAGAUUAAUGAUUUACAGUUAGCACAUUCCUUAGAGUAUUUUUGCAACCAUUCACUUCAAACAAUAGACAAAAGCACUGGGUUAUGAAAGCUUUGCACAUGUUGUGUGUUUAAGUGUUAAAAUUGUACUAUUUAAUUUUUUUUAUUUAUUUGGAAUACCUGGUCUCAUAGAUUAGUAUUGGUGCUGUAUAAUGAUAGACAAAAGAAAAGCAAUUAGCAAAAAAAAAAAGAUCAGAUCACAAUUUGAUUUUUUCAACGUGAACUUGAUCUCCAUCUCCACAAAUGUAUGCAAUGGCUUCUCUUUAUUUUUUUGUUAUGUGACUAGCCAAAAACCAAACAACUUUUUAAAAUAAAUAAUUCUAACCAUC